AUGGAGAGCAAUGACCUCGUUAUUUUGAAAACGCGGCGCAAGGGGCUGAAGAAAGACAUCCAAGCAUGGAUUACGGCCUUUGAGGAGCGGGAAGGCCGUCCUCCCGAAGCAAAGGACAAAGAGGGAAUCCGAUCAUUGUACCGCGAGUACAGGGAACUAGAGGCGAAGAUUGCAUCCAUCUCAGCGGCAAGUCUUGCCGAUGGUGCUGCGACUGAAGGCGCGGGAACUACUGGUGUAGAACCUCCGGUGCAACCACUGCCGGAUGGAGCUGGUGAUGCGGCGGGAGUAGGUGGUGGCAGCAUGGAUGUGGCGACAAUCAAGAUAGAGAGAGACGCCAAGAAACGAGACAUCAAGCAGUGGAUUAAAGAUUUCGAGGAGCGAAAGGGGCACACGCCUACAACCAAAGAAAAGGCCCCAAUCAAGAACCUCUACAUCGACUUCAAGGAACUCGAGCGGCGUCUUGCGGCCUGUCCAAGUAUUGGCGGUGGCGACAACGAUGCAGCUGAUAAUGCCUUACGCCCUGAAAUGGCGGCCGGUGGUGAUGGUCCAGCUGAUCUGGAGAGUGUCAAGGCUGAAAAGAAGAAAGUCAAACGCGAGAUCCAGACCUGGCUAGACGAGUUUGAGGCCCGGAAGGGGCGCGCAGCUCUCCAAGAAGACAAGACGGAAAUCCGGCCUCUAUACAAGCGCCACAAGGAGCUCGAGCGUAAGCUGGCCAGUCUCACGGCGACAUCAUCACCACCACCGUCAUCUACCGCUGCCGCUGCAUCGUCUUCGUCCUUGGCGCCACCGCAGGACACCACCAACGGUGACCUCGACCCCACGGCCAUGCUCCUGAGCCCCUUAUCGUCGACGGGAGAGAUACCGGUGACAAUACCACCGCACGAUGGAGACAGAAGAUCAGGCGAAGAUGCGAAACAAGAUGGCGUCAAGCGAGACAGGGGCAGCGGUAGCGGUCAGUCAGGGGUGGAGGAGGAGAAGGGCUCCUCGCGCGCGGUAACGGCGGAGGAGGGAGAAGUCCCUUUGGUCGGAGAUGGAGACAAAGGUAUCGACGCCGGCCAAAACGAAGGUGCCGGAUACGUUGACGGGAAAGAAGAUAGCCUUUCCCGAACGCCACCCGAGGGUGGCGGGGGAGACGAGGCUUCCUCGCCAAACAUCGAAGCAUUGGGUGAAAUCACACCUCCUCCUAUUAUCACUGACCGCUCCUUUUUAUCAGCUGCCGAUACCAGCACACUGUUUACUUCGGGGGGCAGCGAAGAAAGGGAAAAGGACGGGGGGAGCGGCUGCGACAAUGGCGAAAGAAACAGCAAGCCGACAACCGCGCAGGAAGCAAGGGUGAGGCGCAUGCGCGCGCGAUUCCUCGACAUGAAGAAUCUUAUCGAAGGCGAUGAGUCGGCUCUUCCCUCUUCUCCAACGGGGGCAGAGGUACACGAGGAGGAAACUGGUGGUGCAAAGAACCGAUGGGCGCUUCUGGGAGACGCGGUCGCGCCGAACCGUCUGUCGCCGCGCUCUCCCGCCCGACGAGCUUUGGCCCAAGCCACCGGCACUACCGACAGCGACAAGGAAAGAGACAAUAGCGCCACCACCGUAACGACCUUACAGGCGCAAGAAAACGUCGCAGAUGGUGUCACAAGCGAACAAACCGCGGACGCCGUGUUCGCGCCGCUUGCGGACGACGGGGUGUCGGGAGCUUGGGUAUCCGGCCAGAUGUCGGACCUCCUGCUCUCGGACGCUCCGCCGCCCCCGCCGCCUGCCCCGCCGGGGCUCGAGAGUCUCGAGGCCGAAGUCUCGCGCCUGCGUGAUGCGGUUGAUCCCCCGCCACCGGGGUACGUGGCGGAGUACCAGAGCGGCGUGCGCGGAGCAGAGCUGGUCGUGGCCAGCGUGCGGGUCGAGGUGGUCCGGGCGCGGGAGCGAGCGCUAGAGCUUGGGCGGCUUGCCAACGCUCGCGAGGAAACAAACAUCUACCGGGCGCGGGAGGCGAAUUUGCUGUACCGGGAAGACCGCGCACGGAGGCGGGUGCUGGCGCUCAAGGAGGAGAUCGAGAGGAAGGUCAACAUCGAGAAGCAGGCGGUCAUCGAGACCUCGAUCGCGGGGGAGCGGGCCCUAGCCCCGGCGUUCACGAGAGCCCGCCGGGGGCUGGAGAGAGCCAUUCGGGCGCAGGCCGGCAGGGUGAGGGAGGUGUUCGGGGAACUCCGGCCGGGGGAGACCCCGGGAGGGAGGAGGUUUCGGGUGGACUGGAAGGGGGUGCCGCAACCAGUGGAGAUCCGACUGCACUGCAUCCGUGCCGUGCGGGACCGGCUGCCUCGUGGGUCGUACGUCAUGCUUUCCAGCAUGGCGGAGCGGCUGGGCGGCCGGGCAAUGCGCUGGACGAAAGGAGCCGACUUCGACGACUUCGACGAGGAGGACAGCAUCGACACCGACGGAGGCGACACCCGGCCGGCGGCCACCUUGCCCGUGAAGCACGGCGGCCGGUACUUUGACCGCGAGCUCAGGGUCGACCAGAGCGUGUACCAGCUGUGCCCCAGCAAAUCGGAGGUUCGUCCCGGGAACGUCAUGGUAUUUGAGCUGUUCCGUCUGGCCGGAAGUGGCGGCGGCGCCGGUGGCGGAGGCGGCGCGCGAUGCGGCAGCAGCCGGCAUAAGGGCGGGGAGCUGGACGAAGACACCGCGGUCGGCUGGUGCGUGCUGCCGCUGGCGGACUCGCGGCUCCGAAUAGUCCGUGGCAGCUUCCGCAUCCCCUUGCUCCGCGGCGAACCGAACCCGAACAUCGACCUGCACGAGGGGGUGGAGAAGCUCAUCGCCGCCGACCUCGAAGCAUGGCUCGGGAACCUGUACCUAGACAUUCGCCACUUGCCGCGGGAAGCGAGGCUGGACGGGCCGGGGGUCGAAGGCGGUAGCGCCAUCGGCGGAGAGGGGUACGACAUCGAGUACGACCACGUGAGGAAAGUGGCACGGCUCGGGAAGGGGCUUUGGGGGAAGCUGAUCCCGUCGGCAGGCCGCUGGGAGCGCUGGAAAUCAAGAAAGGAAACGGGUAUGGAUGAUGAUAAUGACAGUCAUGGAGCUGGUAAAGGUGACCACGACGGCGACAACGACGGCAGAAAUGCCGACGACAACGACAUUGAAACUGGCGGUGGCGACAAUUCUGUUGGACUCCUGGCAGGUUCCGAAGCUGGAGAGGCCAAGCAGUUGUUACCAUUGAUCAAAGUACUCGGAGAGGAUACCGCGGGGGCAACAGCGCGGGGGGGGGGCGACACUGAAGAUUUAGUGCCGAAGCCCGUGAGUAAUGAAGCGGAUGGUACGGGCAUAUCGACAGAUCUCGAAGACGAGAAGGGCAGUACAAAAGGGGGGGAGACCUCCUCGGGUGAUUCCAAAAAGAUCAAGAAGGUCCCAUGGUUUGGGACGAAAAUAGACAAGAAAAAAUGGAUCGACGACGCGCUUCCUCCCCCGGACACAGUCAAGCCCAAGAAGGCUGUUGAAAAACAAUUCAACAAAAGGAGAUACGAUGGUGGCAUAGAGGCCCCCCCGCCCCAGGGCGGCUGGGCCAGCCACCUCGAGGGUGAAGAAGACGUGGACGACGGCAACGAAAACGAGGAGUACGUCAAGAUCGAAGAGACCGUCGACGAGGAGUGCCUGUCCGACGACGACAUGCUCCGGGGGAGCACGUUCCGUUUUACUCCCUCCGGGGAGGCGGCCCUCGCCGUCGACAAGGCCGCCGGCUCUGGAGCGCACACCGGGGGACACGCGAAGGGCGUGGGGCUCAGGAGGAGGGGGGAGGGUGCGAGGUGGGACAGCGCGGCCCUCGGGCUGGGGCACAGGGGCCUGCCGAAGCGCUACAGCGGGGGAAACAACGGCGCGAGAGACUCGCACGUGUGGACCCCGCUGACGAACCCCGCGGAGAUGGAGUUCUACCGGUUCGCGGUCGCCUCCGAUCCCGGCACGGACGCGCCGGCCACUCCAGCACAUAUCAUCGCCAUCAAGCUGCGCUACAUCCAACAGGAGGUCCUGCUAGACCUCCACCCCCGUGGGUGGCGUGUGGUGGAAUACUGGCUGGCCGUCAUGGUGUUCGUCGGAGCGCUCUGGCUACGUGUCUACAUCCACGCACUCGGGCAGUGGUUCUUGCUGUACGCGCUGGGGGUGCCGGUGUUUAGUUUCACGCCGAGGCUGUGGGAGUUUGCCAUCAAGUACAUGGACCGCUCAUCGUCUCUUGGCGUGGAGAUUGCUUUUGUGUGGUGGGGGCCCACGUUUGUGAUGCUCUGCUUCGCGGCGGUGGCGGCCCUGGCUCGGCUGUGGGGCUUGGCGGCGUGCGGAGGAAAGGGUGGCGGUGGCGGCGAAGGAGUGCCGGAGGCAUUCUCGAGAUUCGUGGCGGCGUUUGGCGUGGCUGCUGGGCUCGACCCCUACCUUCUGUUCAUCGUGGAUUUCAUGGCCGGGAACCACGACUGCUCCUCCAAGUGCUUUGACUACACUUCGCCGACGUGUCGGUGCCACGAGGGCGAUAGCUGGAAGCUGUACGUCAGGUUGGACGCGGAAGAGGGGGCGGGGAUCAGCGGGGCUCUGCUAACCGUGAUGAUCUACGCCUUCGUGUCCAUCACGACGGCGCUCAUCCUCCACCAGUACCUCCUCCACGCGCACAUGAACGGCCGGAUGCUGGACGUCUGGCGGCGCCUCAACGCCGACGAGGACAAAUUCUUCAUUCCGCACGACCUCGAGCUCUCGGCGGCCGAGCUGCAGCACGCGUGCGUCCGCGCUCGGACAUGGAGGGGACCCAAUGGCGCCCGCCGCGAGGUCGUGUUCUUCGACUUUCACGUCAGCGAGGAAGAGGACGGGCAAGGAGCGGCCGGGGCGACCCCUCGAAGUGAAACUGGCGGGGGCACGGCAGCAGGAUCUCGAAGGGGGCCGGGGUCAGCGACAGGUCGCGGCACCAAGUCAGGCGGCGGCAAGACCACCCAUGUGGUCAUCUACGACGUGUCUGUGGACUCGAAGAAGUCGCUGCACCGCCAGUUCCUCCAGACUUCCGACGGCACCAUCCUAGAAGUUUUCGGAGAGGCCGGGCGGGAGGUGGGCAUGCAGUUCUCCUCUUCACUCAAUGCGCUCCUGAGAGAGGAGAUCGGCGGUGUCGGCGCGGGGUCGAAUGGGGCCGAGAAAGAUGAGGGCAUCUUCGCGGGCAUGCUCCCGACGGCGGUGGCUCCGGCGAUGCCGAGCGCGUCAGCGCACGAGGAAAGCUACGAGAAUAGCAGCGCUAUGGUCAUAGCCGAUGCUCCAUGACACGUUGCUGGCCACCUUCCCGUGGCUGGAUGCUGCUGCGGACACUGCAGCAGUUGCUGCACGGACUACAUACGACGGAAGCGGUAGGGUGGGGCCCGCCACACACAUGCAAGGCCUCACCAAUGGGAUGCAUAUCGUCAGGCGUCGGGAUUUCUCGAAGUGAUAUCUGUAUGUUUUUAGAAAGCGCGCAAGCUCGCACUGUGACGUCAGGCGAAGCUGAGCGCGAGAGUCGUUAGGAUGGGUAGACGGGGGCGAAUCCAGAUAUCGUGGGGUUUGCCACAGGUUGGGGUGGUGGUGACAGUGGCGUGGCGAGGCAGACGCGCAUGGCGAAGAGGCCAAGUGGGGGAUAUGAACAGGAAACACGAGCCCUUGUAUUCCAGGGUCAGUCCUAUCGGUAUCGAGACGGUAUCGUCCAAGAACAGUGAGGUCUUUGAUGUCGACGUUGGGGAUAAACCCUGUUCACGUCAAAGGUUGGAGGCAAGCACCGCCUGGGGUAGCCUGGAGAACAAACAAAACCCCAGGCUUACCUUCCUCUGGUGUGACCACGGCUGGUGUUUUUACGUACGCCGAACGAUGUAGACUGUCGCCCAGAAAUGAAUGCGACGAAAUAGACAAGAGUUGAUUGUAUCGAAGUCAUACCUCAUUGUAUUUUAUGGACUUACAACGAUCGCACGAAGAGUUACUGUGGUGAGGCAAGAGUUCCGGAUAGGAUAAGCGUAGGAAGCGAGUUGGAGAAAAGUUUUUCGUACAAUGGACGGGGUGUUACCUGUAAACUGAAUGAUGCAUGUACCAAAAGGUGGAGUGUCCUUGAGAGUAUUUGAAGAUAGACGGCAUUUACUAGGCCCCAGUCAGUUGGCAUGGAGAGGCGACUUGCGUACCGCAUGAGAGAGGACUGUCACCGGCGUCGCGCUUCUCCUUCUUGACCAGCUAGUCCCUUGCAGACUUUGAAGAAGAAAUAAUAAACCUCGAUGCUUGUUGUCUAAGUGCAUAGAGCCCUCUGUGCCUACAGUAGUCCUGGUCCAGAAAACGGAGCCUAGGGGCGUCGCAGAAACUUUUCUUUUCCGACGACGCUUGUUGUGAAAAGAGGGAAUCGUCCUGGACAGACGUUGGGGCGAUUGUACCCUGUAUGAAGGGGACAUUACCCCCUCCUCUUUGAGUCUUCUUGGUUGCUAGGCGAGAGGACUUCUAUUUCUACAGGGGUACAACCAGAACCCGACCGGCUGGCAACGAAGUACUUCACAGUCUUCUGCGAUUCACGGCUUCGCUGGAAAUUCCGCAAGUUCGAAAAUCUGUUUUUGGUGCCCGACCAUUUUUUUACUGUUUUUGGAAAUAACUAUGGCGGGUGGCAAAACUUGAACCCGAAUUCUCUUCCACUAAAAGCAGACAUGUCUUUCGUCGACGCCAACGUGAAAAGAAAGAAUGAGUCGUUCUGGACAGAUGUUGGGGAGAUUGUACCCUGUUUGAAGAGAAUCUCCACGUUAUCUUGUCAACGAAUGCCAAUCGAAACGUAGCACCCAGCCAAGACCUCCACCUGAGUCUACUUUGUCCUUGCUCGUUGUUUCGAUUGCAUGAUACCUUCAUCACGUAUCGGUUAUCUCGCUUGUGAAGCGUUAGGCGUUCCAUCUCACUCGGACACCUACGCCAUUACUUGACGUAGCUGUGGGUGCUGCUCGUGAAUGCUCGAUCUCUGCGGGCAUCAACUCGGUCGCUCCGAACGUUCGACAAAGCCUUAAUCCGGCCCAAGGUGUGCGGAUAUCGAGACCGAAAGUGUGCGGCCUCGGCUAUGUAGGGCUUGUCGGCACCUUGAGAGGCGAAGGCCGCUCGGACAUAUCCGGCUUUGUUGUCUCUCUCGAUUCGCGCUUGGUUCUCGGACUUGAUGUCGUUGAACCCGAUGUUUGCAACGCUCCAGUUGGAGAUGGCGGAGGAUUCUCGAUGGCUAUCCUUGCUCGUUUCAUGGCCUUGUCGUGCUAGCGGUGUCUCAGAUCCCGCCGACAUGCAAUGAAGUAAUUGUGUAGUUGGCGUACCCCAUCGCCCUUCGGGUUUCCUUGAUGUUGCGUUUUUCUGUACUGCCGCUUGUUGCACAAGCGUGUAAGCGGCCGUCACGUUGUCGGCCGAGUGUCUAGCCUCCGAAGUGGUGUGCGUUGCAGCACAACAGUGCAUCUUGUCGUUGGUAGUGGUUUUAGAAUCACCACUUUGAGCAGAUCUGUGUCCGUUGUUUGUGCUGAUUGUCGCUCUUAGCUGCGCGUCCGAGAUGGCACGGCAUGGUGUCCUGGUUGCGAUGGCCUUCGAUGCCACUUGAGAAGAAGGAGA